UAGAAUAUUUGCAUUUUGUUUUUAGUGCAGUUUGUUGUCCUUUGUUGGGCAAGAACAGUAUAAACGAGUAGUAGCAGUGUUUGCAAGUUCGCUUGAAAAGUUAGAAAAAAAGAAAAGAAAUAACACCGAAAUGGAGAAACAAGUGGAUUCAGAUAAUAAUGCAAAGCCCAUUAUCAAGGAAAUUCUAAAUCCAGGCAACAAAUACAUCGAACUAAAGCCUGGCACCAGGGUAAAAUUCCAUUUUCAAACACGUCGGGCCAACGAUGUGCGAAUCGUGGACGAUAGCAAGAAAAUCAACAAGCCGAUGGAGCUGGUGCUGGGCAAGAAAUUCAAAUUGGAAGUGUGGGAGGUGAUAGUGCAGAAAAUGUCCCUCAACGAGGUGGCCAAGUUUACCGUACACAAAUCGCUUUGUGCACAGUAUCCGUUCAUAUCGAAAACGCUGCGCGACAUUGGCAAAAAGCCGGAGGAGCGUCGUCAUUGCUGCGGCAUGACAUUGCAGAACGAGGGCAUGGGCUACGAGGAUCUGGAUGAGCUGCUGCAAAGGCCUGUCGAUUUGGAGUUCAUCAUCGAAUUAAUAUCCAUUGAGCUGCCCGAAGAGUAUGAGAAGGAGCGCUGGCAAAUGUCCGAUGAUGAGAAAAUGCUCGCCACGCACACCUUGCGGGAGCGCGGCAAUCGUCACUAUAAGGCGCACGAGUAUGCCGAGGCGGAGAUAUGUUAUCGCGAUGCGGUUGGCAUGAUCGAGCAGCUGAUGCUCAAGGAGAAGCCACACGAUGACGAGUGGCAGCAGCUGGCCAGCAUUAAGACCCCAUUGCUACUCAACUACGCCCAGUGCCGUCUGAUUGCUGGUGACUAUUAUGCCGUCAUUGAGCACUGCAAUGAGGUGCUCACGCUGGAUCCGCGCAAUGUGAAGGCGCUGUUUCGGCGUGCCAAGGCACAUGCGGGCGCAUGGAAUCCGGCACAGGCACGCCGCGACUUUAUCGAUGCGCUGGGCUUGGAUGGAACACUGAAGUCAACCGUUGCCCGGGAGCUGAAGGCCAUUGAGGAGCAGCAGCAUGAACGCAACGUUCAGGAUCGCAUCCAUAUGCAAAAGCUCUUCUAGAAUAUAAGUUGCGCUAACAUACUGCUCAUGCUCCUCGUUUAUUGGAGCAGCUAUGCGCAGCGUUAACAGUUAGCCAAUGCUUUUCUCUUCUGGCUAAAGGGUAGCUAUGUCUACUCUUUGGCGAUGCACUGCUCCAAAGGGUUUAUUAUGCUCUGUUUGAUUUUUAAUCAGCUGCUCUGCUGCUGGACCCUAUAUAAGACGCUGUUCGUGGCUAUCCAGAAACGUCGACGCAGACGUGAACGUGGACGGGCACGAUUGCGAGCAAGUGCACGAAAGAGAUGGCGACAAUGAAUUCAAACCAUAUUUCACUCUCUCUCUCGCUCUCCAUCUCUCUCUCCAUCUCACUCUCCAUUUAUACUAUUGGCAUUUCCAUAAUAUUUUUAAACAUUUGGAAUUAUCAUAUGAAACGGUUUCUGACAGCCAUUAAUCCGACUCCUAGACGCGAUUCAUCAAAUACUAUGAACGAAUAUGUAUAUGUUGUAUUUAUAUGUGUAUAUUAGAGUAUUAAUUAAUGCUACAAAAUUAUAAUU